AAACUUCUCUCUCUCUCUCCCUCCGUUCAUCUUCAGCCCGACAUUGUCACCUCCUCUUUGAGGGGCUAGAAGAAGCUGAGAUCUCCCGGCAGAGCUGGAAAUGCACUGCACUUUGACUAUGGAAACAGAGGCUAUUGAUGGCUAUAUAACAUGUGACAAUGAGCUUUCACCUGAAAGGGAGCACUCCAAUAUGGCAAUUGACCUCACCUCAAACACACCCAAUGGACAGCAUGCCUCACCAAGUCACAUGACAAGCACAAAUUCAGUAAAGCUAGAAAUGCAGAGUGAUGAAGAGUGUGACAGGAAACCCCUGAGCCGCGAAGACGAGAUCAGGGGCCAUGAUGAGGGUAGCAGCCUAGAAGAACCCCUAAUUGAGAGCAGCGAGGUGGCUGACAACAGGAAAGUCCAGGAGCUUCAAGGCGAGGGAGGAAUCCGGCUUCCGAAUGGUAAACUGAAAUGUGACGUCUGUGGCAUGGUUUGCAUUGGGCCCAAUGUGCUUAUGGUACAUAAAAGGAGUCACACUGGUGAACGUCCCUUCCACUGUAACCAGUGUGGAGCUUCUUUUACUCAGAAGGGCAACCUUCUGAGACACAUAAAGCUACACUCUGGAGAGAAGCCGUUCAAAUGCCCUUUCUGUAGCUAUGCGUGUAGAAGAAGGGACGCCCUCACAGGACACCUCAGGACCCAUUCUGUGGGUAAACCUCACAAGUGCAACUACUGUGGACGAAGCUACAAGCAGCGCAGUUCGCUGGAGGAGCACAAGGAACGCUGCCACAACUAUCUCCAGAAUGUCAGCAUGGAGGCCGCGGGGCAGGUCCUGAGUCACCAUGUCCCUCCUAUAGAAGACUGUAAGGAACAAGAGCCUAUUAUGGACAACAAUAUUUCUCUGGUGCCUUUUGAGAGACCUGCUGUCAUAGAGAAGCUCACGGGGAAUAUGGGAAAACGUAAAAGCUCCACUCCCCAAAAGUUUGUGGGGGAAAAGCUCAUGCGAUACAGCUACCCAGACAUUCACUUUGACAUGAACUUAACGUACGAGAAGGAGGCUGAGCUGAUGCAGUCUCACAUGAUGGACCAAGCCAUCAACAAUGCAAUCACCUACCUUGGAGCUGAGGCCCUUCACCCUCUCAUGCAUCACCCGCCAAGCACAAUCGCUGAGGUGGCCCCAGUGAUAAGCUCAGCUUAUUCUCAGGUCUAUCAUCCAAAUAGGAUAGAAAGACCCAUUAGCAGGGAAACCUCCGAUAGUCACGAGAACAACAUGGAUGGCCCCAUCUCUCUCAUCAGACCAAAGAGUCGACCCCAGGAAAGAGAGGCCUCUCCCAGCAAUAGCUGCCUGGAUUCCACUGACUCGGAAAGCAGCCACGAUGACCACCAGUCCUACCAAGGAAACCCUGCCUUAAAUCCCAAGAGGAAACAAAGCCCAGCCUACAUGAAGGAGGAGGGCAAGGCUUUGGAUGCCACCAAGGCCCCGAAGGGCUCCCUGAAGGACAUCUACAAAGUCUUCAACGGAGAAGGAGAACAGAUCAGGGCCUUUAGGUGUGAGCACUGCCGGGUCCUUUUCCUGGACCACGUCAUGUACACCAUCCACAUGGGCUGCCACGGCUACCGGGACCCACUGGAAUGCAACAUCUGUGGCUACAGGAGCCAGGACCGUUACGAGUUUUCAUCACACAUUGUUCGAGGGGAGCACACAUUCCACUAGGCCUUUCAUUCCAAAGGGGACCCCUAUGAAGUAACAAACUGCACAUGAAGAAGUACUGCACUUACAAUCCCACCUUCCCUAAGAUGUUGACAUACCUUUUUUUUUUUUUAAAACAUUACUGUCAUUAAUUCUUAUUUUGUGGACGCAGUGUCUUUCUGCCUAAUUGCAAUUAGGAAGCAACAGAAGGGACAGGGACGGGGGAAUCUUGUUUCUUGAUUACUUGGCUUAUUUUGUGGGAAUUUUAAGAGCAGUUCAUUUCUGCCACGCAUAGAUAGAAGGCAUAUCGUGCUUUGGAAAAAAAUCGAUUGAUUCGCAUAGAUUCACCUAAGAGAUUCUGAUUUGCCACAGAUGUUCAGGAUUAUGAUCUAAAGCAGGAAAGUCCCCGUGUGGGACUUUCGCAGUUUAAAAUGGUAUAAGUAAUUUAACGCUUCAAAGAAGAAUUUCUUUCAAAAUGUAAACUGUUUUGUUUUCCUCUAGAGAUCAUGGAACAGAAACACAUUGUUACUUUCAGUGAUAGCUCCUUGGAAGGGUUGUUGUCGUGGGUUCUAUGUUUACUUCCCCUAUGGAAUUUAUAACACAGUAUGUUAUACACUGUACCAUAUAGCAAACCUUUUAAACUACAGGAAGUUAGGGCACCUCCAAUACAUCCGAGGUCCUGGGAUCUUAUUUUUCUAAACUUAAGCACUGUUUUUCCAUAGUUUUGAUGACUGGCAUUUUAUAGACACCCUGGCAGCCUUACUUUUAACACCUUUAAUGAAUAGUAUUUUUUAUCUAGUUUUUGGAAUAACAUAUGGUCUAAGAGUGGCUAAGAGGCAGUUGGUAGUUUCCAGAAGGGACCUCUACUUUUCAUAAAUUUGCUUGGGAAGUUUUUUCUUUUAACGUUGAAAUGUGAUGGCCGCGUAGUAUACGUGUUUGUUUCUCAAAGUAUGCUUACGAUUGUCACUUUAUCAGCAUUUAAUCAGUGUUAACCAGUCAGCAGAAAAAUAUAAUUAGGCUAACAGUAGGGGGAAAAAAAACCACUCAGAAAUCCCUUUUCUGGUAUAUUCCUCUUUUCACUUGUGUUUUUCAAGCUGUGACCACCCAGUGUUCUGUCCAUAGUCCUUUCAUCUUUUACUCUUCCAGUGGAAGGUCUCACGUCCCGUGCUACAGGCUCUUUCUUUCAAACUCUCCUGGGAGCGAUUGCUAAUUUGACCCGAAUGUGUAACGUGAACCCCGUAAGGCUAUGGAACUAGGGCUAUCUAUUCUAGUAUUUCUUCAAUAAUAACAUCUACCACUUUGGGUGUGAGGAAAGGGGACUUGUUACCUAUACAUUGGACUAUAGCUAUAAAACAAACAACAACAAAAACAACAAAGCUUAUUUUUACCCUUCUGGGAGUGUAGGAUGCGACCUAACCUCCAAGUGACAGCGACUGUAUCCUGCACACUUCCAGUCUCAGAAACAUUCAGCUAUUGAUAAGUCCUUGUCAGAAAUGGAUCUCAGCUCCUCAGUGCAGAAUUUCUCUUCUCGUAAUCAGUACACGUUACCACAGCUCACGUGCAGGCUGUAAGUUCGCGUAUACAGGUGCUCUGUGCUUCGCAGUCCUGCAGCUUUAGAGGGAAGCCACCCAGUGAGAGUGAUUCAAGGCAUUUGGGGGGCGGGGGGCGGGGGUACUUGGAGGCAGAACUCACUGCCCGUGUUGGGAGAGGGCAAGCCUAACCGUGCCUGGAGGAUCUGAUAACCAUUUGUGAAAUCUGUUAGCAGUAACUGAUAGCUGCUCUAAAAAAGUAUCAUUAAGUUGGGUGCAGAAACUAUGUUUCUUAAUACAGAAUGUGUGAGAAUUAGCAAGACUAGGGGACUACGGACAGAUAAGCCACUCUGGCCUCAACGCUGCUCUCUGCUCGUUUUCUAGCAACUUCCAGGCCCCAGCAAGCCGGAGCUCAGCAGCUAAGCAGAAACGGUUGCAACGCAGCUCCUUCUACUAGCCCCUGUUGUAAUUGUAUUUGGAGAAAUGUCCAAACUGUUUCUUUAAAUCUAAGAGAAGCACCAAAGCAGAGCUGUGAAAUGUUUUAAAUAGAGUGCCCACUGUCUUUUUUUUUCUCUCGCAUGCUUUGGUACCUCGGUACAGUAUCAACGAACAAUUUAUUCGAAGGUAAAGCGUGUCUUUGAGACUCCCUCAUGCCUCCCACCCUAACCACACAUAAGUAAUUGAUUUUGUUUUUCCUUUUGGUGGUAGGCAAAUCAUUUAAAUCAGUGAUUUUGUGUUUAACUGCAAUUUAAAGAAACAGUUGGAUGGCACUCAGUAUGUUUAUAACUUUGGCUCUGUGUGAACUGCUGGUGUCUUCUAUAAAUUUUCUUCCUGCUUAUGGUUGUUGUUUUUUUUAAUGUGAACAAUUAUGUACCUGCCCUGAGAUAACACUGAAUUUAGGUGGAUCUAAAGAGUUGUGUAGUAUACCCCAAGAAGACAGGGCUCCUGCACCCUCCUUUUCUGGUUUCAUCUUUUUAGGAAUCCGUUUUAUUGAAGGGACUUAGAAGUCAUGAGAGCGCAUUUGCUACAAGCGUAUGCUUGUGCUUUCUUAGCCUCGUGACAUGAGGCACAGAGAGAGGUAAAGAUGGCUCAGGGUGUGACCGGGACAAAUGAGGACAAGGCCCAUUCAGGUGUGCAGGCUAGGAAGAACUCCUGUGGACACCGUGCUUUCCGGGACACCUGGGUGCUGUACCUGCAGAUUCCUCCUCACAAAGGAGGUAAGCAAGGAGGUAGCACCUCAAAAUCAGUGUGAGGGUCAGACACCAGAUAAAUCAAGUUUUAUAUGACAGGUGUAUGCCAGUUAAUUCAGGUGAGAGUUUACAACAGAGUAGUUGAGGGGCAUGAAAAUGGGUGAGUCUCUGUGUUUUCUAUUUUGGCAAAAAUU